AUGGGAAAAGGAGAAAACAGUGACCCCAAAGAUGUGCAAAGAAAAGAAAAAGCCAAGAUGCAACUCAAAAGAAAUAUAGGCUAUUUUGAUGGGGUAAGUUUUAUUAUAGGCUCAAUUGUUGGAGCAGGGAUAUUUGUGUCUCCCACAGGGGUGUUAAAACAUUCCUUACUCAAUGUUGGUGUUGCACUAACGAUCUGGACUGCAUCUGGGCUGGUUUCUCUGAUGGGUGCCCUCUGCUACGCGGAGCUGGGGACCGCUCUGCCCUUCUCCGGAGGAGAAUACAGCCAUAUUAAAAGAGGCCUUGGAUCCCUACCUGCCUUCGUGUUUAUCUGGACGUCAACGUUUACCAAGCCAGCAUCAAAUGCUGCUCGAGCCUUGCUGUUUGCUGAAUAUGCCACACAGCCUUUCUAUGGCAUUUGUCCUGCACCAGACGUGCUGAAGAAGUGCUUGGCCUUGGCUGUUCUCUGGUCCCUGGGGAUUUUGAAUGGCCUCAGUGUCAAAAUGGCUGCGUGGGUGCAGACAGUUUUCACCCUGCUGAAGAUGAUGGCCUUGUCUGUGAUCGCUGUCGGUGGCAUAGUUCUCGUUGCCAGGCAGAAGGAGAGUCUUGCCAGGUUUGAGGACAUGUUCGGCUCAGAGAUCCCCAACGCUUCACAGGUUGCCGAAGCCUUCUUCCAAGGACUAUAUGCAUACGGAGGCUGGUGGUCCCUCAAUUACUUGGCAGAGGAGAUGAAAAGCCCCAGCAGAAAUAUCCCCUUAACUGUGAUGACUGCUGUUCCUGCAGUAAUUGUUUUUUAUUUACUAGUGAACAUCUCAUAUCUGACUGUCCUCACACCUAAGGAAAUUGUCUCCUCAGUUGCUGUGGCAGUCACUUGGGCUGAUCGAGUGAUCCCCUCUGUUGCCUGGAUCAUUCCUCUCUCUGUUGCUGUCUCAAUAUUUGGUGCCCUCAACAGCAGCAUGUUCACACUCGGGCGAUUAAGCUAUGCUGGAAGUCAGUCAGGACAUUUACCUCUUUUAAUAUCCAUGCUUAAUGUCCACUCCUGUACUCCUGCACCAGCCAUGAUUUUUUCAACCACCAUUGCAUCCAUUUUUAUCAUCCCAUCUGACCUUAUUAUGUUAACAAAUUACUUUGGAUUUUCUGCCUGGCUUAUGACUGGAUUGACAUGUGCAAGCCUGAUUGUACUUCGAUACCGGGAACCUCAUCUACACCGACCAUACAAAGUGUUUUUACCAGUUCCAUUUAUGAUGGUGGCGAUGUCUUUCUUCCUAGUUCUGGUUCCCAUAGUCUGGUCUCCAAACCUGCAAUAUGUUUACGCUUUCCUGUUUAUGCUCGGAAGUCUUAUUGUUUAUCUGCCUUUUAUACAUUUUAAAUUGCGUUUUGCAUUUCUUGAUAAAAUUACUUGCCACUUACAGCUCCUGUUAGAAGUCUGUCCUGCUGAUGGGUCUCCUGAGGGCAAAUGUGAAUAGUGGCAGAUAUUUAAUUUCAGUACAAAUAAGACCCAACAGAGGAUUUUGUUUAACUGAGAUUGUAAACAGUACAAUUUAGAUGUUGGUGUGAUAUAUAGGUGUGCAUGCAUGCAUAUAUGUAUAUAAAUAUAUACACAUAUAUUUCAAACAUGCACAUAUAUGUAUGUAUAGGCACAGAGUCACAGAAUCACAGAAUGAACUAGGUUGGAAAAGACCUUUGAGACCAUCAAGUCCAACCCAUGACCUAACACCUCCUCAUUGACGAAACCAUGGCAUAAGCAUAAUAAUUUAAUAUGUAUAUAUGUUUGUAUCUGUUUGUAGAAUUACAUAAAUUUGUAUGUAUACUAAUUUAGUAGGUGCAAAGGAUCUCCCUUAAACUUGCAAAAUCUGCAAAAUGCUCUCUCUUGCUCCUGAAAACACAGUCAAAAGUUGUGUAAAGUCUUCCAAGAAUAUAAAUAAGAUUCAAUCACAGCAAAAAAUAAUUGUCAAUAUUAUCAUACAGUAGGUGAAUAAAU